AUGGCAUGUCUCUUCCUCUCUUACGCAUCAUGCUUAUUAUUCAGGGAGGAUAAGUUCUUUGAAGUGGAGCUUAAAGUCCGAGACUAUGAACUUGACCAGUAUGGAGUUGUUAACAAUGUAGUCUACGCUAGCUAUUGUCAGCAUGGUCGUCAUGAGUUACUUGAACAUGUUGGACUCAACGCUGAUGCGGUAGCUCGAAGCGGAGACUCAUUGGCACUUUCAGAGUUGCACCUAAAAUUUUAUGCACCUUUGAGAAGUGGUGAUAGGUUCGUUGUUAAGGUGAGGGUUGCUGGCAUCUCAGGGGUGCAUAUAUUUAUCGAGCACUUCAUUUAUAAGCUUCCGGAUAAAGAGGUGUAG